CUUCGUACGGCCAGGAAAAACCUGUGUCCUUAGCGGUUAAACAAUAGGGGAUGUUAAUCUAGUGUGCAGAGCGAACAUGCUGCUGCGACUGCGCUUUCUUUUGUAGCUUCUGUCCGUGAAAUACCUGUAGAUGUCGUGAUAAGAACGAAGAUAGUGAAAUGAAUUGGAAAGUGAUAGCCCUUGCUGUCAUCUGCAUGGUUGUCAUCGUUGCCGCCAGGAGAAGAAGCAGAGGUCCAGUGAAAUGCAGCAACACGGAAAUAGCCGUCAGACGAUGGCGACGACGAGAUCGCUUCUGCAGGCCCAUGCUCACCCGGCCUUCGUUGAGGUGGAAGCGCAGGAAGUGCAUCUGCAAGCCGGGCUACGUGCGAAACGCCUGGAAUCAGUGCGUUCCCAGGGCCGAGUGUAACAGGUGCAAGCUAUAUAGGCGCAUGGACUACAACCUGUGCGAAACCGCAUGUCCACUGACGUGCGGUCAUCCGAUUCCAACGUUCUGUCCAAUGCAGUGCGUCAAGGGUUGUGCCUGCCCUCCUGGAUACGUAAUCGAUCCGAGGCGCAGGACGAAGUCGUGCAUAUCAGCCAGGUGGUGCCCACCCAGGUGCCCGCCGAAAUCUCGUUUCCGCCUAUGCGUAUCAACCUGCGAACCAAGAUGUGACACACCCAGGCCAAGGAAAUGCUUCAAACGUUGCUACGGAGGCGACUGCGUCUGCAAGUGGCGCUACGCCAAACUGUUCCAGCACGGCCAGAUGUACUGCGUGCGCAGAAGAGAUUGUCCCAGUCGCUAUAAGCAGUUAUACGGAAACUACUAUUGGAGCCUGCUUGGAAAUGGCACUUUCUAGUGUUCCUCGCUUUUAACGCUCAGUAUGUAGAUAUUAGGACCGGUGAUUAAAGGCUCCGACGAAAGCGAAUGUCAAAUCAAGUUGAAUAGCCUCAGGAAGGGUAGAAGCAAUUAGCUCACGGGACAGAGUGCCCACAUUCUAUGAGCGGUAAGCUUACGCAGUUGAAUAAGAAGAAAAGAAAGAACGCGAAACCGACUGUGCUAGUUCACGUCACUUUUGGACUACUUCUUGUUCACAAGCAUUUUCGAUGCACAAACUUAGUAUUCGGGGAGGGGUUCAAAUGACAAAAUAUUGUUUGUGCAAUUAUCGCCAUCUAAACAUAUCUCUUAUUCACAGGCGCGGUAAAAUUACUUAUAGUGUCAGCAUGAAAACUGCGCUCAUCAUGCCAGUAUGUUUGUUGGAGAUUCAGUACUACAAGGAUGACAGGAAGCCAGAAACAAGUCAACACCUCAUGCUUAGCAGUCAAAGCAUAGACUCUGUUUUUUAGGCCCUUCAAGUAGCUUCGACAAUGGUUCUAUGCUAUGUACACGCGGUGUUAGUGUAGACUGAGUGAAUUGUGAAACAAUCACUCAUAAAUUUUCAAAUCAAGAACAUAGACCCGGCAUGCAAUAAAAUCGCACAUCACUGGUGUUAUAUAGGACAAGCUUUUGACACUGUAUUACACUGAGUACAGAUAAGGACUCGUUUCUUCGUCAGAGCAAUACCAACUCAGGGUGACAGCAACUUUUAAUAUGCUACCUGCAUGAUUACUACUAUUGCCGAGUGCCAGAAUUCACAAAAUAAAUCGGUUCGUUCAACAGUAUGCAAUUUUUACCCGCUUUUAGCAUUUUCGACAUGAAAAAUAAAUGCCACAACGAUUGUCGAGCGGAAAAUGCGUGAAUAGAUAUGCGUAAAAUCUGUAAACAAAGUUGGGGGAAGCUUAAGCGUCGUGUUUAAGAGUUGAACGCGAAAGCGAUAUCCGGCACCAUCCUUAUCGUGCUCUGUU